CCGCACCCCACGGCCGCACGCGGCACACGCCCCCCCGCUCGCCUUUUCCCUGCCGCCGGCGCCGCUCCUUUCGAUUUUCGAACCCUAACCAGUUUCAAAUCCGACCUCCAACCCAGCCUCCAAAGUCACUAGAUCCGCGGCGACCAUGCGGCGCGGCGGCGGCCACCGGUUCCCCAAACCCUCCCUGGCGCCCUCCACCGCGGCCGAGGCCACCCCAGCGCUGGACGCCAGCGUCAUCCGCAACCUCGACUCCGCCUUCUCCCGCCGCGACUCCGACGCCGCCAGCCUCUGCAGCAGCCGCCCCGCUUCCGCCGCCGGUGCGGGCGUCGGCGCCGCCCCCAACUUCUCCGACCGCCCCACGCAGGCCGCCGCGCUCCGCGUCGUGAACAGAUUCCUCGCCCCCGACGUCGCGCUCCGGGGGCCUCUGCCCGCCGCGCGCGACAUCCAGGCGGCGCUCCGCCUCCUCGUCGACCGUCUCCACUUGCCCCGCAACGACGCCACGUUCGAGGAUGACCUCAUCCAGGACCUUCGUAUUCUCGGCUGCCCCUACAAGGUCAAUCGCUCCGCACUCAAGGCCCCCGGCACCCCGCACUCGUGGCCGGUGGUGCUCUCCGUACUCCACUGGCUCACCACCCUCUGCUACGCCCAAGGAGACGACCUGGAUGCCCCAUUCAACGAUCUCUUGCUCUACACCACCCAGAGCUACUCCCACUUCAUGUCGGGGAACGACGACGCCGUUGCGGCCCUUGACGAGGAGUACACCUCCAAAGCCCGGAUGACUGGUGAGGCGUCCGUUGAAACAGUUCGUGCCCUGGAGAAAGAGGCCGAGGAACUGGAGACCGAGGUGAAUAAGCUCAUCUCCGGUCCCUCGCGGCGGGGAGCACUGGAAACAGAGAAGGAAGCCUUCACUGCUGAUGUUUGCAAGUUUGAUGCUGUGGUGAAUACUUGGAAAAGGAAGAUCAACGAAAAGGAACAGGCGUUGGGGAAUUUGGAGAAAGAGUUGGAGGCCAAAGUGUUGGACACCCAGCGCUCUGCUGCUGAAGUUCAGGAUCUAUUGAAACAAGUGGAUGCUCAGCCAGUGGAUGUGAGGGGUAUGGAUAGAAUGCGUAGGGAGAUGCAGGCAAUUGAAAAUGAUAUUGCCAACGCUGAGAAGGGGAAAGCAGCACUGGAGGAUAAGGUCUGGGAAGUUGAAGCUAAGCUGGUUACCAAGCUUGACGAGCUUGAGACGCUUGCUGAGCAGUGCAACCAGGCCCUCAAAAAGUUGAAACCUACUGUUCCUUUUCAGUACAUGAUAAAUUCAAAAGGAUCUUCUCCUGCUGAGAUGCUAGGUAGUGGUUACAAAACAGUACUAAAACCUGCACUUGUGGCUCGUGCUGAGGAGAACAAAAGGAUCUGUCUCUCAAAUCUUGAAAGCCUAAAUGAUCUAAAGAAGCAGCUGCAAGGAAAUGUUAAGGUUCUAGAGGAGGAAAGGAAUAAUAUUUCCAGCUUCCAGGCAAAAAAUGACGAAAUGGUUGCUCGUUUGAAUUCACUGGAUCUUGAAAUUAUAAAUGAUGACUCGAGAUUCACAUCUGAAGCUAGACAAAUGAGAGAUGAGUUGGAGAAAAAGAAGAAUAGUUUGAUUUCUCUUGAAAAGGAGGCAGAUGAUUUUUUUAAGAUAUCGGAGAAGAGGCUCCAAGAUGCAAAACUUAAAGCUGAAGAAGAUACUGAGGUGGCUGCUAAGGAUCUGCUGGAGCUUCUUGAUUCCAUGGCUGAAUAUAAAGAGUCAAUGGAAACAACAAUUGCUCAGAGGAGGAAGGAUCUCUAUGAAACUGCUGAUUAUAUAGCAGGCCUGUUCGCUGGAACUUCUCAGUAGCAAAAAACAGCCAUUGUGCAGUGCUAGCAGAGAGAGCACAGCUGCUGUUGCUGCAAAUAAGCUCCGGUACUUGCUAGCGUCUUUACCCAAGUGCUCAAAGGAAAGUAGAAAAGUACUUGAUUAGCGUUCUCUUUCUACAGUACGUGGUAUUAGUAUCUUGGUCAUAGCUACUGUAAGAGGUGGAAGAGAUUAUAGCAACAUGUAUUCCUCGACCAGGGCUCAAAAUUUAGGCAAUUUUUUGUGACUUUCAGUAAUUUCAUGGGUAUUAUUGUAAUGCAUACACUUUAUUAUAAAUAUAUAACUCUAGACCCAUAUUUUAUGUUGUUUUA